AUGGUCGCACACCUUCCCCCCGCAAUCAAGCAGUUGUUAACCUUGCGCAACCCGCACUCUCUACCUGGCCCUCCUGUGGCGCAACUCCAUGAUAUUUUCACCAGGACAUUCAACGAUGCCCGCCAGAAGAAUGUCGAGAAGGGCUGGUUAACCUUGACUACAUGCACGCUCUUGACCGCGAACGUCCCAUCGAGCGUGGGUCACCUUUAUCGGUUCGCCACCAGAGAUGAUCCCGGCAAGGCGGAGUCUCGCCGCAGCCUCACAGAGGCCCUCGACAAAGCCGCUGUGAUGCGAGAAUCUGCGAUGAAGAGCUUCAUCUUUGUCGGUGUCCCUCGCACCAUUCUCACCUUCGCCGGUCUCUUCGAAGCGCUCGAAGACGACGUGAAGCAGGGGCUGAGAAAAGAGUCUAAAAGGACCGCUACACCUGAGAACGUCGAAGCUAUCACGGCACGGGGAAGGGCUCUGUGGGCCUCAAUCUACGAGCCCCAUGCGGAAAAACUCCAUAAUAAGUUAGGCUCAUAUCACCCCGAUUUCAUAGCUUUCAUUAUACAAACCUACGGGACGGUACUGGCACCGCUCCCGGGAGGUGACAGCGAACAAGGCAAUCUCAGUCGUGCUCUGGGAUCUGUCGUCGGGACCGCAUGCCUUCGUGCGGAAGGAAGAGUUGGCCCACAGCUUGUCAGCCAUGUCUUCGGGCUGCUCAAGGCACGCUAUGCGGAGAACUUGAACGAGGAAGAUCGCUGGCUCUCUACCGAUGAAGGAACCGAGUGGGUGAUCCGCACUGUCGACUCGAUCCUCGAUGUAGUCAAACCGGAGGAUGUAUCUGGCGUACGGGCAAAGUUGUAG